ACCCCGGCCCAUGGGGCAGCUCCACCUCCACCUGGGCCGCCCAGGAUAGAACCUCUCCCUCCCCUGUCCGUCCGUAGCCCAUAGCCACGAGCUGCUCCCGGCUUCCUUCCUCCCUACGCGAGAGUGUUCCUUCCAGAGCUGCGGCGGCGAUCGAUUUCUAGGGCAAACUCCCCGUCGGUUCGCGCGGUCGAGGCAAGAGCAGGUCGGCGGAGGAGGAUCCGGCUGGUGAGAUGGCGGGCCGCAAGGAGACGGCGCUGGACCUGGCCAAGUUCGUCGACAAGGGCGUCCAGGUCAAGCUCACCGGCGGCCGCCAAGUUACAGGAACCUUGAAGGGAUAUGACCAGCUGCUCAACUUAGUGCUGGAUGAAGCAGUCGAGUCUGAAAGAGAGCAAGAUGACCCAUUGAAGCUGUCAACCAAGACCAGACAACUUGGUCUCAUUGUGUGCAGAGGCACUGCUGUCAUGCUGGUGUCACCAACUGAUGGAACCGACGAGAUUGCCAACCCCUUCCUCGCAGCGGAGGGGGCGUCAUAAGCUUUGUACUAGGCGAUUAGUUCGGAGCUGUAUUACUCAAGCAUGUGCCAAAAGAGCUUCUGUUCUUUUGAAAAAAAAAAACUAAUUGUGCCCGUGUUUGACAUGUGCUGAUGAACUUGUAAUUUGUAUCGAGCUACUUAAGACAUCCUUCCAGAGCAGCCAUGGUUGCGUGUAUCUUCA